AUGGCUGCCUUCGCGGCACUGCUGACAAAUGAGGAGGUAAAGGCCCAGGAAGAUCCCACAGGGCAGUGUGUGGACACCCUGCACGCUGCAUCUGCCAGACCCCGUGGCCAGCUGGCUUCCUGUCAGCGCAUUGGCAGUAGACGGGAAAUGAAGGCGAAAGGUGAAGACAGCUGCUUCCAUUUCCUGCGCCAGCCACCUGCACCCCAACAGCAGCAGAUGAACCUGCACACGGAGAUUCCAGCUGACUCCCAAACAGAGUGUGCCCUUCUACAUUCAGGGUUGCUGAAGGUGGAAGGUCUCAUCUUCUGUAGCUUCUUCUUGCUGACUAGGGCUGUAGAGUUGUCCCUACCUACGGGUCCCCAAGAUAUGCUGAGGUUCCUGCACUUGCCAGGAAUUGACAUUCUUUACUCAGCCAGUAAGGCUGCUGGGAACUCUCAUGAAGAUGCCCAUGAGUUUCUAAUGUUCACUCUGGAUGCUAUGAAGCAAGCGUGUUUGCGUGAGGACAAGGCUUCAGAGCCUCAGGCUCAGGACGCCACCCUCAUCUGGCAAAUUUUUGGGGGGUACUGCAGGUCUCAAAUCCAGUGUCUCCACUGCCAGGGUGUCUCCAGCACUUUGGACCCUUACCUGGACAUUAGCCUGGACAUCAGGGCAGCUCAGAGUGUGAGCCAAGCUUUGCAACACUUGGUGAAGCCCGAACAGUUGGAUGGUGAAAAUGCCUAUCGUUGUAGUACUUGUCUCGACAAGGUACCUGCUUCCAAGACGUUGACUUUGCACACUUGCUCCAAGGUCCUGAUGCUGGUAUUGAAACGAUUCUGCCAUUUCACGGGCAGCAAACUGGCUAAGGAAGUGCAAUAUCCUGAGCGCCUUGACAUGCGACGCUACGUGUCUGGGCAGAACGGGGGGUCGCUGACUUAUGUGCUCUAUGCCGUGCUGGUGCACGCGGGCUGGAAUUGUCACAGCGGACAUUACUUCUGUUACAUCAAAGCUGGGAACGGCCAGUGGUACAAGAUGGAUGAUGCGAAGGUGACCGCCAGUGACGCGACGUCUGCCCUGAGCCAACACGCCUAUGUCCUCUUUUACGUCCAGAAGAGUGAAUUGGAAAGAGACCGUGCGAGUGAGCCAGGUGCUGGGGAAUCCACCUCCCUCCAGGCUGACCACGCAGGCACGGCUGCGGCCCAAGGGGGGCCUGAAACCGACCCCAACAUCGAGGUGCCACAAUUGGAGGAUCACGUGGAAGAGACACCACUGCCAGCAAUCACGUUAGACCAGUGGAGAUGCCUCCAAGAAAGCCACCGUCCCAAGUCUGAACUCAACCUCAGGAAACUAGAAUUUGCUCUUCCCCCCGACGCAGUCCUAAUUCACCAGUCCAAAUACAGAGACGAGAUGGGAAAGGAUCACCGUGAACCAAACAUCCACCGGCUCAACAGUUCAGCCAGGGACAUCCCACCUCAGAGGGCAACGGCCAUUAACCAAGUCCCUUGUCUCACCGGCAGAGCCAGAGCUACCAAGAGGAAGAACAAGAAGGGACAGAGGUCUCAGGAAGCAGUCCAGGGAUCCCACUACAGGCUUUGA